AUGCUAACCUUUUUUACAGAUGCAGUAAUGACUGAUGCUGAUAAGGGAUUAGAGGAAUCAAUGGCUUUGGCUUAACAACUGGAUGCCGAGUAAAAUGAGGCAAAUGCAUAGGUCUAGAUGCUUGAAAAUCAAAUUGAAAAUGAAGGAAUAUAAGCUCAGGGUGGUUCAAUAAGCUCAUAUGUAAAUCAAAGUUAUGUCAAUCAAUUACUUGAACUUGGAUUUACAAAGGAUGUAGCUGAAAAAGCAUUAUUCUUGAAUUUAUCGACUCCAGGAGAACCUAUUGCUAAUGCUCUUGAUUGGAUAUCAGCUCAUUCUGAUGAUUCAGAUUUCCAUGAAGCAUUACAAGUAGUUGGACAAAGCGAGGCUACAAGUGGCCCAAAAAGUACAUUGACAAAGGAGGAAAAACUAAAGAAAGCUAAAGAACUUCAAGAAUCAAUAAGAAAGAAAAGAGCUGAAGAGGAAAAGAGACUGAAUGAGGAGAGAGAAAAACAAAGAGUUCAUGGAGCUAAGGCAAUGUCAGAAGUGAAGAGAAAAAUGGAAGAGGAGUAAAAGAAGAUAGCACUUGAUGUCUAAAAAAGAGAGAAGCAAGAAUUCUUAGCAGCUAAGUAAAGGAUGUUAGAAUAACUAGAGAGGGAUAAAUAGGAAAGAUUUGGUAAAAAGGCAGGCGAUUCUAGCUCUGGAACCACAUCCUAAUAAUAACCAUAAAAACAAGUUCUAGAGGGAAUUGAACUAGUUAAGCAUGGAAUAAAAUUGGUAAAGACCUUAUACACUGAAGAUAGAUAGCCUGGAGUUGCUAAAACGUGCUUCAAGACACUAACUGUAUAUUUGAACAAUGCUAUUAAUAAUCCAACUGAGGACAAGUUCAAAAGAAUUAAUCAGGCUAAUGAAGCCUUUUAAAAGAGAGUAGGCAAGAUUAAUGGUGGAAUGUCUAUUCUCAAGGGAGUAGGAUUUAUUGAAUAAGAUGAUGGCAGUCUAUUUUUAGAAAAAUAUGAUGUUGAGAUCAUGAGAGAAGCAGUUAGAUGUUUAGAAAAUAAUUUAUGA